UGUGUGGUUUUACUACAGUGAUCUGACCUCGCGGUUCGGAUGGGUGGGAACUUAGAAGGUUGGUAUUUCAACCAAAUCAAGGGGACCUGUGAAGAUGUCAAUGAAGCUGAUAUUAUAUCUUGUGUUGAAUAUGAUAAAACUGGCGACUUUUUAGCAACCGGUGACCAUGGCGGUAGAAUUGUGAUUUUUAAACGAGAAAAUGAAGAUAAACUUCAAAAAUGCAUCAGUCACAAUGUGUAUUGUACAUUUGUCAGUCAUGAACCGGAAUUCGACUAUCUUAAAUCAUUGGAAAUUGAAGAGAAAAUCAAUAAAAUCCGAUGGUUACCACGUACUAAUCAUGCACAAUUUCUGCUUUCUACAAAUGACAAAACAAUUAAACUUUGGCGCAUUACUGAACGGUGUCGACGUGUUGCCAAUAGUACUUGUACAUCCUCUGAUUACUUCUUACAAAAUAAUACAACUAGAAGUACUAAUACUACCGAUAAUGAUGAUAAUCUUAUGUUGAACGAUAAGAAUAACUCAUCCGUUUCAUUGAAUAAAAUUUAUCAGAAAACUGAUCUACGUGUACCAUAUUAUGAAGAUAUUGACCCUGUCAUGGAUGCACAUCCUAAACGAAUAUUUGCUAAUGCACAUACUUAUCUUAUCAAUUCAUUAUCAGUGAAUUCUGAUCAAGAAACAUUUCUCUCAGCGGAUGAUUUAAGAAUUAAUUUAUGGAAUUUAGAAAUUACCAACCAAUCAUUCAAUAUUGUUGAUUUAAAACCUGUGAAUAUGGAAGAUUUGUCUGAAGUGAUAACAGCUGCUCAAUUUCAUCCAUCGGCGUGUUCAUUAUUUAUUUACAGCAGCAGUAAAGGCACCAUACGUUUAUGUGAUAUGCGUCAACGUGCACUGUGCGAUGAACAUGCAUUAUCGUUUGAAGAAGUCGACGAUCCAAUGAGUCGGUGUUUUUUCUCUGAAAUUAUCAACAAUAUAUCCGAUUUAAAUUUUAGUCAUUCCGGUCGUUAUAUUUUAAGUCGAGAUUACUUAACAUUGAAAGUUUGGGAUUUAAAUAUGCCUCGUCGACCAGUUGAAACUUACCUCGUUCACGAUUAUUUCCGUACAAAAUUAUGUGCACUCUAUGAAAAUGAUUGCAUAUUUGAUAAAUUCGAAUGUCAAUGGUCACCAAACGAUGAUAUGGUUGUCACCGGUUCAUACAAUAAUUACUUUCGUGUAUUUGAACGUGGUACCUCGAAUGAUCUACUAAUGGAAGCAUCUCGUGAAGCUAUGGAAAAUAGUGUAUGCGGUAAACUGAAACCAUGUCAAGUGAUAUCUGAUGGAACUAUCGGGGGUAGCAGUGCCAGUAGUAGUGGUGCUUUCGCUCGAUCAUGGUCUGAGGGUAAAGUCAAUGUGGAAUGUAUGGAUUUAACACGUAAACUGCUUCAUUUAUCAUGGCACACACGUGAAAAUACUCUAGCGUUGGCUGGUACUAGUAGUCUUUACUUACUUGACUACUAUCCUGAUAAUCGUCAGUUAAGUGAUAAUCCAAUAGAAUCACAACGAACUGAUCACCUAAUGAACGGUGGUGUUAAUGACAGUAGUAAUCAUUAUUUUGACAACAAUAAUAUUACUUCUACACCGUCUAAUUAAACCAGUUGUACCAUAAUUAUACUGUAAAAUGUAACUCUUUCGUUAGCAGUCCUGUUUUUUAACUCCCUCUGUUUCCUUAGAAUGCAAAUACACACAUACUUGUGCACAGACAUCGUUCCGCUCCUCUAUCCUUCUCCGUGUAUAUUUAUAUUUUUUUCAUAAAUUGUAUUGUCUAUCGUUAAAUUGCAUUUCUAGCCUUUAAAUUAUUAUGUCUGAUUGAUAUGUACAUUUUGCAGUAUGUGCAGUAUGUAUAUGUAUGUAUGUAUAUUUCUAGGACUAACAUCAAUUGGUAUUUCAUAUAUAUAUAUAUAUAUAUAUAUAUAAUGAUUUGGCAGCAACCGUGUCUUAUUUCAAAUUGCGAAAUUGUAGCAAACACUUUUCAGAGACAAAACUUUUGUUACAUUAUUUUGUAGUCGAGGAUACACUCAACCUUUCCCUCGUUGUCUUAUAAUCUCUUCUGUUUGUUAUUGUUCUUUUUAAUGAAUUUAACUGCACUCUAUAAUGAGGAGGAUGUGUUGGUGACACACAGCCAAUUGCACUGAUCUUUUCUACUACUAUUGCAUUUCAUCUCUAAUGUUUAGCGUGUCAUUCAUUAUCUGCCUUGAUUUGGUUGGUGAACAAAAAACUUUGUUAAGCGGAUGUUCAUACACAUUCAGUUAUAGAUUUCGAUAUAUGUAUGUAGUACCACUUAUCCAUUGACGUUGACAACAAGCAUCUUUCUUCAUCGAAUCCUUUUUACAGAAAUUUCUUUUUGUACAAAGAUUGUUUUUUUUAAAAACUUUCUUGUAUUCUUUAUUCUCUUCAAGUGCUCAACUUCUAUUGUCUGUGUGACUUUGUAUUACUCAGGUGUUCUGUUCCAUAUUUGUUCUGUUGUUGUACACCUUCAUGUUAUUUCAAAAUUAUUGUUUGAUUGAAAUAUAUUUGGUAUUGUGCAUGUGUAGGUGUAUAUGUGUGUAUCCCAGUACUUUAAGUGCUCAUUCUCGCUUUCACCUACAUUUCAGUUCUUCAUCCCUUUGUAUUCACCUUACUCUUGAUAUGGUGAUGAUGAUGAAUAGGAGGACAGGUUGUCUAGACAUCUCCCUUAAUUUCCUUGCCAAAUAACGAAAUAUAUUCGUAGUGAUUUUUCUACUAUUACUCUAUCAUGAACUUAUUUUAUCGGCGUGUAAAUCAAUCUAUCUCUUCCGUAGAUUUAUAUGCUUAUCACUUAUGUGUGUGUGCUGGUAGGCAGUCCUCGUUUAUGUUACUGAACAACAACUAGCUUCAUCAAAACAAUUCCAGGUCCAUACUAUGUACAAAUGACUGACUGAAUGUCAUUUGUAUCACGACAAUUCGUUUGUUGCUAAUCUGUUGAAUGUUCCUCUUUUUACUUCUUGAAUUUCUGUUUUCCUUACAUUUUGUUCCAUAUUUGUGUAGUACACCUAGCAACGAAAUUUUCUCCACACAAAAAUAUGUUUUUAUUACUUAUCUUCACACGAGAUGUAUACUAUUUUUUACAUACAUAUGGAUUAAUUAUUGUUGUUGAUCAUUCAACGGUCUAUUGUUGAAUAUUUAAAAAUAUAUACUUUUACAAAUAAUCUU